CUUGUCGCCGACAAGUAACGGGCAGAGAUGUAGCAAGGUAGAGGAAAUUAAAAGAAGAAGAAUGUUAGGUUAAAUGGUGUCUAGUUUAAAAUUUGUAAACAGCAAGUGGCACGUGUUAUGAAAAUGGUUAAAAAACAAAAAAGAAAACUAGAAGAAGUCAAAGAAAGCAUAGAAAGUACUCCACCAGCAGUACGACAGUCCGACGAACCAUUAGAAACGAAGAGAAAAUGGGUGAACAAACAAAGAGUUCUAAUUUUCGCGGCCAGAGGUAUAAACCACAGGGAUCGACACUUAAUGGAAGAUCUCAAAAAGUUGAUGCCCCAUCACAAGCCGGAAUCCAAAAUGGAACGAUCAAAAACAUUGUCCGUCAUCAACGAAAUGUGCGAAAUAAAAAAUUGUAACAAAGCUGUGAUGUUCGAAGGCCGAAAGAAAAGGGAUCUGUACGUGUGGUUUUCCAACGUUCCCAACGGACCUAGUGUGAAGUUUCUAGUCGAAAAUAUAUAUACGAUGGAAGAACUUAAAUUGACUGGCAACUGUUUGAGGGGCUCUAGACCACUUUUAAGUUUCGAUAAGGUUUUCAAUGAAAAGCCUCAUUAUGCAGUACUAAAAGAAUUAUUCACUCAAAUAUUUGGAGUUCCAAAACAUCAUCCUAAAAGUCAACCUUUCUUCGAUCACGUCUACACUUUCACGGUUCUAGAUAACAGGAUAUGGUUCAGGAAUUUCCAGAUAUUGUCGGAAGAGGGAGCUUUAACUGAAGUCGGACCUAGAUUUGUGUUAAAUCCUGUAAAAAUAUUUUCGAGCAGUUUCGGAGGCGUCGCUUUAUGGGAAAAUCCAAACUACGUCAGUCCCGCAAAAUACAGGUACCAAAUUAAUUUGAAAGCCAAAAAUAAGUAUGUGAAUAGGAUCCAACAAAAGGUGCACGCUGAAGCUACCCGUCCGACUGACAGUUACAAAUUGAAACCUCUGGAUGAUAUAUUCCAAGGUGAUUUAUUGGAAAAAGCGGAGGAACUUGAAAAGCGGGAAUUUGAGGCUAUUGAAGAUGAACCGGAAAUGAAAAAGAGAAAAAUUAGCGAGACUAAUUUGGUUAAAAAAACUAAAAAGUUUAAAAAAAAUCGUAAGGAAAAAGUUAACAUUAAAGAUGGGGUAGUUAAGAAAGGUAUUAAGAAAAAUCUAAAUAGCAGUAAAAAAACGAAACUGUUAAAAGUAAAAGUGAAUGGACUUGGUAAAAAAUCUAAAAAAUCCUUUGAUUAAAAUAAUGUUUUUUUUUACUUUUUAAUGUAUAGAUGUAAAAAUUAAUAAACAGUUAUUUUU